CCUUCUCUCUUUUCCCACAUCUAUCAUUUACUUGGCUCCCUCUGCCUGCUCCAUAUCCCCUUUUUCUAGCACACACUAACUCUCUCUCUCUGUUUUGCUCAUUUUUCCCCACCACCCCACUCUCAGUCAGCUCAGCAUGGUGAACAGAUAACUGCUAAGCUGUUGAACAUGGGCUCCUGCCUCUGCAAAGGUCACCAAGAGCUUCAGAAUGGCCAGCAACACCCCAUGGAAGAGCUUCAGAUCUAUGCUGAGGGACAGCCCAUUUUUAAGGGUAACCAUCAGGCCAACAAUGGGAGCAUGUCAGAUAAAAGGAGCAGCAGUGGGUAUGACAUUGGAGAACUGGCUACAUCCUCCCUGCUGGGACUGCUGGCCACGAUUAAAGACCACAUCACUAAACCCACUGCCAUGGCCCAGGGCCGGGUCGCCCACCUGAUUGAAUGGAAGAGUUGGGGAGGGGAGGCGACAUCUGGACAGGGCUGGUGUGGCUGGACUCGAGAUGGAGGGGGCUGGGGAGGGGUGGGAGCAGCACUGCAGGAGGAUGAGCAGUUCUACUCCCACCUCACUGAUGAAAUCAAAGAAGCACGGUUUGCUGCGGGAGUAGCAGAGCAGUUUGCACUGGCUGAGGCAGCAAUGAAUGCCUGGUCCACCCAGGACAUUGAAAAUCAAGCCACAGCCAGCACAAUCCCAUUACAAGAUCCUGAGGGCCUCUAUCUCUCUCAGUUCCUCUUGGAUGGAGGCAGUCUGGGUGUUCCUCAGCAGCUACUCAGAAUGCACAUGGAAGCUAAAGAUGACACCAGUUCCCUGGUGCCAUCUCAGCCUCCUCCGUCUCAUUUCCCCAGUCAUUCUCACUCUCCACUGGACAUACAGCAUCCUCAACCGGAGCAGAGAAUCUCCCCAUCGGAAGGGUCAGCGCGACAUGCAGACAGCAUUUCGUUGUCGGAGGAUGAGGUUUUUUACAACUGAAAUAUUGACUGUUGGUGACACAACCGAGGACAAUAAUGGGCAGCAUUGUUGUCUAUUGUGUUUGCUGAUGUGAGAAAGCCAGUGUGAAGUUACGUGUGAAGGGGUUAUCGUUUUACUGUUAAAGUACGUAAUAGGCACUACCGAGCCUCUUCAACAAGCAAUGAAUGCAGGGAUCGAUGUACACGCAGACAUGUUAUUUCCAUAUCACAUAGCCUUUUUGCAAAUGAAAGCAUCUCCGUUUUCGGUAAUGACGAUCAUAAUUUAACAGGGUCACACCAAUUACAGUACAUCUAGGAGAAGGAACAAGUUCAUUGCCCAUCCAGGGCCAACAGGCUCAUGAAUGCAUCUAAAAUUACACCCUGCUUGACAGAAGGGUGAUCAAGACCACAAUGCCCUUUCACCUUGAACGAAGUGCUUGUAAAUACCUUUUUACAGCAACGUUUAGACUGCUCCCAUCAAAAAGAAACAUAUUAGCACUACAUACUGAAGAAGAGAGACAAAAUAAUAUGUGCUUUCAUCUCCCAGAUAUGGCACAGACAUUUUCCUGGUGCAUUUCCCCCAAUAACAGUUCAAUGAGAUUACACGGUGUGAGGACUCUCUAGAGCAGAGAUUGAAAGUGACUUAUGCCUUUGAAGUGCAAACAUUAAUUUGGACAGUGAGAUGGAAAUUUUUAAAGAUUUUUGAUGUUACUAAAUGUUUCCAUGGAGAUUUUAAGUGUAAAAAUGUCUAACACACCAAAUGACUGGAUGUAUCCUGAAGUUUUAUAGUUUUUGCGCCACUAACGUCACCAAACAGAAUUGUAAAAUGAAUGAUUGUUUUUAAGCUGAACGCUCCCCCUAUCUGCCAUUGGUUGGACUCCCAGCCGCUUUAAACUCACGCCACUUGUUGAGCCAUUUUGCUAUGUCAGGCUGGUCAGGAUGCUCAAAUAAUCAGAGCAAACUUUUGAUAGUGCCACAGAGCCAUUUUGCACUUUGGCAGGGAAUCAACUUACAAAUGGCUUACUUAUAGUUGUUUCUGCAUAUUACAGUUUUUCUCAAUCACUUUGACUAAUUUUUCUAAACAGUCUUAAAAUUCUUUAAACUGUAAGUGCUAUUGUCACAACCGUUUUAUGGGACAUCACAACUCUACUGCAUGCCUGCAAAAUGUAGUAACUCACCCAAAACAUUUAAUUCAUGCUUCAAAACCUAGUUAUUGUGUCAAUAAAUUGGCCAGUGCCACCAAAAUGAAAAAAAAAAGAAAAUGUUGUCAUCGUGUGAGCCGUACUGGUCAAAAUGUUUAGAUGUUUUUUCACCAUGGCAGUCAACUCUGGAAAUGUUUGUUAUAGACAAAUUUCAUUUUUAUUCUACAUUUUUGUUGACACUGACUGCUUACUGUACUAUACAAGAAUGUCAGUUUUGUCUUGCUGAAUGCUAUUGUAUAUCACACUGAGCUUUUUAGAUACUGAUGUCAACUGUAGGUAAAAGUCAAUAUUGUACAAAUCUGUAGUACACAGAAAAAGGAUAUGCACAUUUGUAUACAGUAAAUUUAUUUUUGUAGCAAUGUGUUACAUGUAAACAGAAAAUUCACAUUUGCUUGUCCAUUUUUACACAUUUCUUACAUGUAAAGUCAUAUAUAGUGAACAGAAAAUUGCCACAAAAUGACAUCCAUGCAGAAAAAAAAUUUAAAAAAUAAUAAUAAACAAUUAAAAAACCUGCGGUAGUUCUGUAAAACUCCUCACAGUACGUAACACUACAAGUUCCCAUCUUCAUGGUGGACAUCCUGUUGCUCUUGUUGGUCUGGCCAGAGAUUUAGCAGACAUCACAUACAUUCCAUGUCAUAGAUAUUUAUGGAAUAUACAUGUAUGUCUGACAGAUUUUGAUAAAUGAAUAGAUAAUUUUGCAUGUGAUGGCUCACACGAUGAAAGAAUGUUUAGAAAUUAUGAAGCGUAUCAACUCAUCAGUUUUGAUCAGCAAGCCAUGUGCAUUUAGUUAUUGUGCAAAAUGUAGACAAUUGUACUUACUCUUUUGCACACAUGUGCCAAAACAUGUGCAGUUUGCUUAAAUGAAUAAGAAAUUCAAAUCUGGUGUGAACAAGAAACUAAUUGUUCAGAGAUUUGAACUUAUUGUUUUGAAAAAAAAAAAUUAUACUCAUUCGAGAAUUGAGCCAAAGUGAUUGAGAAAAACUGUAAGAUGUGAUAGGAAGUAUUUUAACAUUGAAAAAAAUACACACUUUAAACACAGCUUUAAAAAAAGAGUUACAGUUGCCACAGACUUUUACACUUCUUCAAAAGUGUUACCUCAGCUACCUUCAAGUAAUUUGCCUCCAUAUUGUGUUAAACUUGUUCUAUUUGUGCAAGGUCCUUUUAAGGUGAAAAAAAUCAAAUGUAAUCCUCAAAAGAUCUCAAAUACACAGUACAUUGCUGCAGAAAAAAAAAAGAAGUAAAAAGCUAGCUAACAAGAGAAUUCUUGUGUGACCGUGCAAGGGUUCUGCUAGAGACAAAAGAGGUGGAAUAACAAUCGUCUGCCUUGUCUCCGUAAUUAGCUCUAUUCACACUCCACUGAUAAAAAGAGGUUAUGGAGAGAGAACGAGAUAGUUAUAGAGGCAGAGGAGGAAUAAGAGAUGGUGGGGAUUAUAGUAAAUGCAGAGGCAGGAGAGAGAGAAAGAGAAGAUGGAGGGUUGGAAAACUGUGUGUUGGGAGGUGGUAUGGUCAAGUGUUAUCAUGCUUCAGGGUCUUUUAAUAGAAGUUUAUACAGUGUGAUCCUUGUGUGCGGCGUCAGAUAAUGUGUGUGGCUGCUUUUGUGGUCCAGGGGAGGUUUGGAGUAGGAUUUAUUUGUGUAGAUAAAGACUCCGGGGUGGUGAGUCGAAUUGAAAUGAUGUUUGUAAUUGGAAUUCAAUGUCAGCUAAAUAUUUAAAGAAGAAUACAGUGAGAAUUUAAAUGCAUUCUUAUUUUAUUUUUAUUUUUUACUUUUCUGUGAAAAAAAAAGCAGUGGGUGUUCAAAGCAAACAAGGAAUAAUUGCAGAAAUACAGAGAUGGAGAAAGGAUUUGGGAUGGCUGAGAAAUCAAAGAUAGGUCUUUUAUUACUGAAGCCUUUGUUCAGCACUCAGCACUUUUAUCCCAGUGCUUAAAAGCUGCAAAAUUUACAAAACGAUAUUGAAUUUCAUUUGAACACAAUAUAUGUAAAUUAUCUUCAGUAUGAUGCAGGGUCAGUUUCAUAGUCAGUCAACAUCUUUGGUUCUGUCCCUACUGCUCAUGCACUAUCAGACAAAAUAGUACUGUUUUAGGUACAAUGCUGUCAUUGGGGUGGUACCCUUGUUUUGGGGAACAUAUUGCACCCUUAUGGAGACAAAAAGGUAUAUUUUGUUCCCAAAAGGAACUAAACAUAUAAAUAUACAUUGAAAGGUACACAAUAGGCCCUUAGUGUGCAUUUAUGUACCCAAAAUGAUUUAUAAAUAUUAGAUUUACAGAAAAGUUCGCCUUGAGGGUACCACUCCCAGCGACAGCCCUUUUUCCCAGAGUAUAUAGGGACAGAUAACAGUAGGGUAGAACAGGGUUAAAAGCUUCCUUUAAAGGAAUUGUUUACCAAAAAAAUUUAGAUUAUGUCACUGUUGUGUUCACUCACCCUCAUGUUGUUCCAAGCCUGAAUUACCAGUACUCUUUUUCUUGAGUGGAACACAAAAGGAGAUUAUAGAAAGAAUUGUCAGCCUUAGUCACCAUUUACUUUCAUUGCAUCUUUUUUUCCAAACAAUGAAAGUGAAUGGUGACUGAGACUGAACAUUCUGCCUAUUGUGUUUCUCCUUUUGUGUUUUUCAAAAGAAAGAAAGUCAUAUGGGUUUAGAAAUACAUGAGGGUGAGGAAAUGAUGACAGAAUUUUAACUAUAAAUUCUCCUCCCUGCCCAGUAGGUGGCCCAUACGGAAAAUGUGAAUGGCCAAAAACAAAAGUAGAACGUGAAAGUGGAGAUAGCAAAAAAGGACUUAAGUAUUGAUCUGUUUUUCACCCACACCUAUCAUAUCACUUCUGAAAAUAUGGAUUUAACCACUGAAGUCGUAUGGAUCACUUUUAUGGAUUACUUUUGUGCUGCCUUUAUGUGCUUUUGGAGCUAAAAAUGUUUGGUACCCAUUCAUUUGCUUUGUGAAGACCAACAGAGCUGAAAUAUUCUUCU